UCGUCUGUAUCCCACCCCUCUCUUUUGACCUUGAGCUCCUAGAAGCCAUCCCCAAAUCGGCCUACGCCCACGGUUCCACCUCCUCGUCCACGAGGUGAGGAAACCCUAGCGACCGACCAUGGCGUUGCUCCCGCGCACCGCGCGGCUGGCCCUCCUUUCCACCCCGCGGGCGUACUCCGCUGCCGCUGCUGCGGGCGCCUCCCCGACGUCCCCAGCGCCAUACGGGGGCGCCCCCCCACCGGCGAUGUCGAAGACGGCCGAGUUCGUGGUCUCUAAGGUGGACGACCUGAUGAACUGGGCGCGUAAGGGCUCGAUCUGGCCCAUGACCUUCGGGCUCGCCUGCUGCGCGGUGGAGAUGAUGCACGCCGGCGCGUCCCGCUACGACUUCGACCGGUUCGGCGUCAUCUUCCGUCCGUCGCCGCGCCAGUCCGAUUGCAUGAUCGUCGCCGGCACGCUCACCAACAAGAUGGCUCCGGCCCUCCGCAAGGUUUAUGACCAAAUGCCUGAGCCUAGGUGGGUUAUUUCAAUGGGCAGCUGUGCCAACGGUGGUGGAUACUACCAUUACUCCUACUCUGUUGUACGUGGAUGUGACCGUAUAGUCCCUGUGGACAUCUACGUCCCUGGGUGCCCACCAACUGCUGAGGCACUGCUGUACGGCGUUCUUCAGCUCCAAAAGAAGAUCAACAGGCGUAAGGAUUUCCUUCACUGGUGGACCAAGUGAAGCAUGCUCCUGCUAUUUCUCGGUCGCUAUGUUUUCUUUGCAUUUGACCUGCUUGUCACAUCUGAAAUAAGGACACACUUUGCUCGGAUUUGCAAGUUCUCUUUUUUUUUUCUUGGUGUGUCUGGAAGGAUGUAUGUCCAGGUUGUUUGAUGAACGUAUAACUCGUGUACCAGCAGACUUGCUGUGAAUCUAUAUUUUUCGAGCUUCCAGUCUUCCACUGUAAUACAGCAAAUACACCAUCUCCUUGUCUACUAAGAUACAGGCUUACACGUCUUGUCUUU